CAGAACGGGGGCCUCUGCAGCCCAUUACCCCUCCCUCUAAGGGCUGCCAGAGCGGGCGUGGACCGGGAGACCUCCCUGCUGUCCCAGGAUGGACCCCUUCGAGGACACACUGCGGCGGCUGCGGGAGGCCUUCAACACGGGGCGGACCCGGCCAGCUGCCUUCCGGGCUGCGCAGCUGGAGGGCCUGGGCCGCUUCCUGCAGGACAACAAGCAGCUUCUGCAGGACGCGCUGGCGCAGGACCUGCACAAGCCGGCCUUCGAGUCCGAGGUGUCUGAGAUCGCCACCAGCCAGGGCGAGAUUAACUUGGCCCUCAGGAACCUGCGGGCCUGGAUGAAGGAUGAGAGAGUGCCCAAGAACCUGGCCACACAGCUGGACUCAGCCUUCAUCCGGAAGGAGCCCUUUGGCCUGGUGCUCAUCAUCGCCCCCUGGAACUACCCCCUGAACCUGACACUGGUGCCCCUGGUGGGUGCCCUCGCCGCAGGGAACUGUGUGGUGCUGAAGCCAUCGGAGAUCAGCAAGAACAUUGAGAAGGUCCUGGCCGAGGUUCUGCCCCGAUACCUGGACCAGAGCUGCUUUGCUGUGGUGCUGGGUGGGCCCCAGGAGACGGGCCGGCUGCUGGAGCACAAGUUCGACUACAUCUUCUUCACAGGGAGUCCCCGCGUGGGCAAGAUCGUCAUGGCUGCUGCCGCCAAGCACCUGACACCCGUCACCCUGGAGCUGGGGGGCAAGAACCCCUGCUACGUGGACGACGACUGUGACCCCCAGACCGUGGCCAACCGUGUGGCCUUGUUCCGCUACUUCAACGCCGGCCAGACCUGUGUGGCCCCCGACUACAUCCUGUGCAGCCCCGAAACGCAGGAGCGGCUGCUGCCCGCCCUGCAGAGCACUAUCACCCGCUUCUAUGGCGACGACCCCCAGAGCUCCCCAUACCUGGGCCGCAUCAUCAACCAGAAACAGUUCCAGCGGCUGCAAGGACUGCUGGGCUGUGGCCGUGUGGCCAUCGGUGGCCAGAGCGACGAGAGUGACCUCUACAUUGCUCCCACGGUGCUGGUGGACGUGCAGGAGACGGAGCUGGUGAUGCAGGAGGAGAUCUUUGGGCCCAUCCUGCCCAUCGUGAACGUGAGGAGCCUGGAUGAGGCCAUCGACUUCAUCAAGCGGCGGGAGAAGCCCCUGGCCCUGUACGCCUUCUCCAACAGCAGCCAGGUGGUGGAACAGGUACUGGCCCGCACCAGCAGCGGGGGCUUCUGCGGCAAUGACGGCUUCAUGCACUUGACCCUCACCAGCCUGCCUUUUGGAGGAGUGGGUGCCAGCGGGAUGGGCAAGUACCACGGCAAGUUCUCCUUUGACACGUUCUCCCACCACCGCGCCUGCCUGCUGCGCAGCCCCGGGAUGGAGAAGAUCAACGACCUCCGCUACCCGCCCUACUCGCCGCGCAACCUGAGGGUGCUGCUGGUGGCCAUGGAGGCCCGCGGCUGCAGGUGCACGCUGCUCUGAGCCCAUCGGCGUCCCUCCCAGGCUCAUGUCUGAGGCCACCGCCGCCACCUGCAGCUGGUGGACGUGGCCUGGGGUCCAGGACACAGGAGGGAAAGAGCUGCCAUGGCCACAGAGCAGCCUGCUCAGCCCACACCAGUGCUUGCCCCCCUCCCUCCCGGGGCUUCCCUUUCCUGACCCUCAGCCUCCCCCAGCUAGGAUGCGCCAAGGGGAGGGAGCACGGGAAACAGCGCAGUGACCCGCCCCCUCCCAUGCUAGAGGGCAGAUGUGGGCACCUCUGAGCCUCCCAUCUUCCUGUGGAGGACGCAGCAGAGGGGCCCUGACAUCAUGGAACCACUGUGACCUGGGCCAUUCCUCUCUGAGCCUCAGUUUUCCCAUCUGCACAAUGGAGAUGAUUAAAAAUUACACCUCCUGA